UGCAUGGAGAUUGGGGACCAGCUUUGGGCAGAAAGCGUCCCUCCUCCAGCCAGGGCGGGUGGCCAGAGAGCUGCCCUGAGGGGCCCUGGUCCUGCUCCUCUCUGAGCCUGCGGGCGGGACCAUGGCAGCCUCUUGUGGGGAGUACUUCUCAGCGUUUUCUCUCGCUCACCCUCCUUAGUGGUGAAAACCCUGCUCAAUAGGCCUCCUCCCCCUCCAUCUGACAGCCUACAAGGAGAAGAUGAAGGAGCUGUCAGUGCUGUCGCUCAUCUGCUCCUGCUUCUACUCACAGCCACACCCCAACACCAUCUACCAGUAUGGGGACAUGGAGGUGAAGCAGCUGGACAAGAGGGCCUCUGGCCAGAGCUUUGAGGUCAUCCUCAAGUCCCCUUCUGACUUGUCACCAGAGAGCCCUGUGCUCUCAUCCCCCCCCAAGAGGAAGGACACCUCCCUGGAGGAGCUGCAGAAGCGGCUGGAGGCAGCUGAGGAGCGGAGGAAGACGCAGGAGGCGCAGGUGCUGAAGCAGCUGGCGGAGCGGCGCGAGCACGAGCGGGAGGUGCUGCACAAGGCGCUGGAGGAGAACAACAACUUCAGCCGCCUGGCGGAGGAGAAGCUCAACUACAAGAUGGAGCUCAGCAAGGAGAUCCGCGAGGCGCACCUGGCGGCGCUGCGCGAGCGGCUGCGCGAGAAGGAGCUGCAUGCCGCCGAGGUGCGCAGGAACAAGGAGCAGCGAGAGGAGAUGUCCGGCUAAGGGGCUUUGAACACCACAGCGCCUGGAUCCUGAGCCGAGACAAGAACACAUUCGGGUUUUGUUUUUGUUUUGUUCAGCUCUGUCUAGAUGAACAUUUUGUUCCCGCUCCUCCCCUCUCCUCCCACACUCCCAGCUUUAUGCUUCUCUUUCCGCACUCUGAGCUGUCCAGUCCCGGGGCAGCCGCUGGCCACGGCUCUCCUUGGAGGAGUCACGGGCGGGGUGGGGGUGGGGCACAAGGUCCCUCAGUUCAGGCACCAGGCCGGGUGGUGGCCGGGUCCCCCCUUGGCCCUCCUCUUAGUGGAUGUGAUGGGACCAGCAGUGGUGGCAGGAACAUGUAGGGCUUUAUGCUGGGCAGUCCCACCCCUCCGCUGGGCACUGGCGGCAGGGUCCCUGCUGACCAUCCUCUUGGUGGAGAGCAGGAGGGGACAGACUACAAGUCCUUGCAGGACCCAGAGCCGGUGCCUCAGAUACCAGGUGGUUGCAGCCCCCAGAGCCCAGCUUCCUUCCUGCAGAAAUGAAUGGGGGCCCAGCCAGGGAUCAGGGUGGAAGCUGAUCCCCGGGGCUUAGGGGGAGGUAGGGACCCAGGCCUCCUCGUCCCCAUCGAGAUAGCCUCCGAGGAGGGAUAAGCGAGAAGUGAGCCCAGCAAUGUCCGCCUGCAGCUUUGGUGGGACUCAGAGGGGUGUGGAAAGGGAGCUGAAGGCGGAGUUUCUUUUAGCUGCGGCAGCUCUCAUCGCGGAAGCCUAGUGUAAAUGCACCCAUCUCAUCCUGUAGUGAAAGUGAACUUAAAAACUAAAUCAAAUGAGCAAUUAAAGAAAAAACAAACUUGUGUGUUUAAGAAACA